AUGUCUUUACUUACUCUUCCCCCGGAGUUAAAGAUGGCCAUUGUGCAAUACUUGCCAUCAAUGUGCGAUAUUGUCAGCCUUGCGGGAAUCUGCCAAGAUCUUUACGAUUUUCUCAUGCCAGAGGUCUACCGCCUUAGCUUCCAGAGAAAUGGGGCGGAAACUCUUGACUGGGCAGCAAAAAAUGGUCACUCCCGAGUUGUUGAGGAUUUUCUAAAAGAUAAUGGCUACCCAGGACGGAUGGAACUACAGCCACAUAUGAACCGCGCAUUAGAACUGUCGGUGCAAUUUGGACAAACAUGUGUUGUGGAAACUCUGUUGCCUAUGGAAGGCGUCGAUCCAGAUCAUGUAUCGAGUCGCCUCGACCGCACACCACUGUCACACGCUGCAGAAAAGGCAUACGUCGAUAUUGUCAGAGUCCUACUGGAAACAAAUCGUGUCGAUCCAAAUUCAAAAGACCCAAAAUAUCGUCACCCGCCACUGAUCUGGGCAGUUCGAGACCCCAAAGAAUCUUCCAUUUCGGUCAUACAGCUGUUGCUUGAAUAUGGUGCUAGAAUCGAUUUCUUGGAUUCCGAUGCUAGGAAUGUCCUGUUCUGGGCCAUUACGGGGGGGCUUGGCUCAAGCACCAUAGUUCGCUUCCUUCUACAGAAAGGCGCACGGCCGGAUGGCAAUGUGGAUGAGGAACAGCAAAUUAUAGUCAAGUCAAGAGAUGGAACGUCGAGGAUUGAAUUCAAAAACCAACGAUUCCCGUUUUUAGGUGAUAGAAUAAUCCUACCUUUGUCAUUGGCGGCUUCGAUGGGGUAUGACGAGGUGGUUCAGACUCUGCUGGAAUUCAAUGCCAAUAUUAAUUGCCCGAGCAUCUCUGGAAUACUUCCGACUCGGCAUCCCCUUUCUUGCGCUGCGGAGAAUGGUCAUUUAUCGACCGUCCACUUACUCAUGAACCGAGGCGCAUGUCCUGAGUCCCCAGGAAGACCUCUUUACUAUGCAGUAUCGAAUGGCCAUGUAAAAGUGGUUCGUCUUUUGUUAGAUGAGAUGAUACAUCAUUGUUCCCGAAUUACGGACGGGGGAAACACAGACGCAUGCUCAAAGAAAGGCAAACACAACCCUGGUCGCAGGGCCACUUACACAAUAGAAGCGGCCGUGAAAUCGAAGAAUUUUGAAGUUGUCAAGUUACUUCUUGCUUUCCCUGGAGUCUAUAUCGAUUAUAAACUUUUGGAGUUGCUCUUGGUGACUGCACUGGAGCAAAAUCCGCCAAACUUUGAGAUGAUUGAGGCUAUUCUGGCCGAGAAAGGGCUUCAGGGCCGGAUCAACUGGUAUCAAAAUUGGGAGGGAAAUUCUACGCGUACCUGGCUUGAUCAGUUUGAGAGUGAUGACAUAGCUAUUCAACACCUCAUGGGCAACGUGGUGCAGGGACUACAUGAGCCACCUGAUGUUCCAAUAAAUUGGCAAGUUCAUGAUGAAUCACCGAGGCGACCACUGGAAAUAACUGGAUGGGGAUGGACGCACCGAACACCGUCACCAGACCAGUCUGAACAAACUGGAUGGAUGGGGUGGACGCCACCACUACACCAGGCAGACUUUUGGACGGAGUGGCCAUUUGCCUAG